AUGCCUUACCCAGAAGAAGCUCAGGGUUUCAUGAUCGAUAGCCCCGAUACAUGGCUAUCGUUCCAGAAGCGUCAUUACAAAUUGAAACCUUUCGAAGAUUAUGACGUCGACGUCAAGGUCGAGGCAUGCGGCAUCUGUGGAAGUGAUGUUCACACCAUUAGUGGUGGUUGGGGAUCCAACCAAAACUGGCCCUUGUGUAUCGGACAUGAAAUUGUCGGCACCGCGAUUAAAGUCGGACCGAAAGUCACAAAUGUCAAGGUAGGCCAGAGAGUCGGUGUUGGCGCUCAAGUAUUCUCCUGCGGCGAGUGCAAGCAAUGCAAGAACGACAACGAGACCUACUGCCCCAACAUCAUUAUGGACACGUAUGGCUCCAAGUGGCCCGAGACUGGAAUCAUCAGUCAAGGCGGUUACUCGUCCCACGUGCGAGCCCACGAACACUGGGUCUUCGCCAUUCCCGAAAAGCUCAAGACCAACUCUGUCGCUCCUAUGCUCUGCGCUGGUAUCACUGUCUUCUCUCCUUUGGUGCGUAAUGGCGCUGGCCCCGGAAAGAAAGUUGGUAUUGUUGGUAUGGGAGGCAUUGGACACUUCGGUAUCAUGUUUGCCAAGGCACUUGGUGCUGAGACCUGGGCUAUCUCUCGUACUCGGGCCAAAGAGGCUGAUGCCCGUAAAAUCGGUGCAGACGGAUUUAUUGCUACCUGCGAAGAGGGUUGGGAAAAGGAACACCAAUUUUCUUUCGACCUUAUUGUCAAUUGUGCCAACUCAUCGAAGAACUUUGAUCUUGCCAAAUACCUUUCCAUGAUGGAUGUUCACGGUAGAUGGGUCAGUGUCGGUCUUCCCGAGGAAGAAGGACAAGUCAUCAAGGCUCAGAACUUGAUAUCGAAUGGUGUUUUGAUUGGUGCUAGCCAUCUUGGUAGCCGCAAGGAGAUGAUCCGCAUGUUGAACUUGGCCGCUGACAAGGGACUUGACAGCUGGGUUGAGACUAUUGACAUCAACGAGGAGAAUCUCAAGGAAGCUAUGCAGCGCAUGAAGAAGGCCGACAUUCGGUAUCGCUUCACGUUGACUGGAUACGACAAGGCUUUCCCAGAUGCUUAG